AUGGCCCGCGCUCUCUCCACCAGCGACGGAACUCCCCCGCCCCCCAUGGCCACUCGCAUACUACCCUCUCGCGCCGCGAAGAAGCGGCCUGCCGAGUCUGGCAGCGACGCUGAAGACCUGCCGAAGCCGCCGCCGAAGAAGGCUGCGACAGCGAAGAAGGCGGCUGCGAAGAAGGGGACUGCGAAGAAGGAUACGACGAAAGAUGUGAAGGGGAAGGAGAAGGCACCUGAAACGGAGAAGAAGGAGAAGAAGCCGACUAAGGGCAAGGGGAAAGGGAAACAGAAGGUCGACGCUGUGGUUGACGAUGCCGAUGAAGAGCCGGUGGCGCCCAAGGCGACACGCCGCAAGACUACGAAGGCCGCGCAAGCUUCCAAGACUACGACUACUCGGGCGACCAAGCGGGCUGCACCAGAAGAGGACUCUACGCCACUCGCAUCGACAAGCAACGCCGCGUUGCCCGGUACCCCGCCUCGCAAACGUCAGCGCCUCAUGGAAGGACAGGCCGUUCGCCGCUCGCCGCGCCGCCCCACAGCGAGCGCUAACAAGGCUUUGGCCGGGAACUCCCACGCGGCCGAGCCUACACGCGAGUCAGGCCGUGGGCGCGCCCAAAGCAUAGGACAGCGCCGCGAGCGUGCCCCCGAGCUUGCUCCGCUGAUCCUACCCACACUGCUCGGGCCGGGCCCGCUUUCGCCGUCCUCGCCCUCGCCCGAACCUGAGAAUCGCGAGACUACGCCGCACGACGCCACUCCGCCCGCCUCGCCGCGCGAAACCUCGCGUCCUCCCUCGCUCGCUACGCUGGGUCUCCUGUCCCAGCUGCACAACCCCAUCAUACCCUACUCCGAGCUCGACCGCCGCUCACCCACCCCCGACGCCGAAGCGCGCAGCCCGUCCCCCGCGCCGACGGAGAUCGUGCACCACUUCCAGCCCGCGAAAGAGCGCCCGCUCGACGAGAUCAACGAGCAGCUUGCCCGGGCGGGUAUCAAGGUCCGCGACUUCGCCUGGGAGGGCGUAUACCACGAGGAGUGGAAGGUCCGCGUUGAGGAAGUUAAUUUGCGCCGGCAGCGCGAUCUUGCGCUUAUGGAGGCGCCGACGGAGGAGUGGGAUAAGGACGAGGUUCAGGCGAGCCAGCCGGCACGCCGUAUCGGUCCGCCGCCCAGUCAGAAUCAGCAGGCGGGGCCGAGCACUCAGCCACUCAAUCGUGUCGGCACGGCCGCGACGUUCCCGCCUCAGCCUGCGAGCCAGCCCGCUGAGACUCAAACGCAGGAGUCCUCGCCUGCGCGCCCGCCACACUCCCAGCCUGCUCCAAACCGCGCUCUUGUCCGCGCAUCGCGCGCUCCGCGGGCGCUUGGGCGUACUGGUACCAUGCAGAGUUUCUACGGGGGCCCUUCGACCGCUGUAGCAGGUCCGUCAAACGCUGUCGCAGGCCCAUCAAACGCUGUUGCGGGGCCGUCGAACACUGCACGCGCGAUGACGCCUGUUCGCGAGCGUACGCCCGUUGCGGACGAGGAUGCGCCACGUGCCGCUACGCCUGUGGCGGAGCCAUCAAACGCGACACCUGUUGCAACGCCACAGACCACGCCCGCCGCCGCGACCCAGACUGCACAUUCGCGCCCGACGACGCCGUCGCCCGCUGCGACCCGCACUCGCCGUACGCGGACGAGCAACGAGGGCGCGCGCCGCGUGUCGGGCGAGCAUUCGAGUUUGCCGCGGACGGCUUCGAGCUUGAGUCUAGUCAGCGUGCUCUAG